GUUUUUCCGCGCCAGGAAGAAGCAGGUGUGCCGACUUGUUUUGUGCGGGUCUUCCUCUGAGUGGCCCGGCACUAUGAAGGAAACGCCGCUCUCCAACUGCGAACGCCGCUUCCUGCUCCGCGCAAUUGAGGAGAAGAAGCGGCUGGAUGGCAGACAAACGUAUGAUUACAGGAACAUCAGGAUCUCAUUCGGAACGGAUUAUGGAUGCUGUAUUGUAGAACUGGGGAAAACAAGAGUCCUUGGACAGGUUUCCUGUGAGCUUGUUUCUCCAAAACUCAAUAGGGCAACAGAAGGUAUCCUCUUUUUUAACCUUGAGCUUUCUCAGAUGGCUGCUCCAGCUUUUGAACCUGGCAGGCAGUCAGAUCUCUUGGUGAAGCUGAACCGACUCUUGGAAAGGUGUCUAAGAAAUUCAAAAUGUAUAGACACUGAAUCUCUCUGUGUUGUUGCAGGUGAAAAGGUUUGGCAGAUCCGUGUAGACCUACAUUUAUUAAAUCAUGAUGGAAAUAUUAUUGAUGCUGCUAGCAUUGCUGCAAUUGUAGCCUUGUGUCACUUCCGAAGACCUGAUGUCUCUGUCCAAGGAGAGGAAGUAACACUGUACACCCCCGAGGAGCGUGACCCCGUGCCGCUGAGCAUCCACCACAUGCCCAUCUGUGUCAGUUUUGCUUUCUUCCAGCAAGGAACAUAUUUAUUGGUGGACCCCAAUGAGCGUGAAGAGCGAGUAAUGGAUGGCUUGCUGGUGAUUGCCAUGAAUAAGCAUCGAGAAAUUUGUACUAUCCAGUCUAGUGGUGGGACAAUGCUGCUCAAAGACCAGGUUUUCAGAUGCAGUAAAAUAGCUGGUGUGAAAGUAGCAGAGAUCACAGAGCUAAUACAGAAAGCUUUGGAAAAUGACCAGAGAGUUAGGAAAGAAGGUGGAAAGUUUGGCUUUGCAGAGUCUAUAGCAAAUCAAAGAAUCACAGCAUUUAAAAUGGAGAAGGCCCCUAUUGAUACUUCCAAUAUAGAAGAGAAAGCAGAAGAAAUUAUUGCUGAAGCUGAACCUCCUCCAGAAGUUGUUUCUAAACCUGUCCUGUGGACUCCUGGAACUGCCCAGAUUGGAGAAGGAAUAGAGAACUCCUGGGGUGACCUUGAAGAUUCUGAGAAGGAAGAGGAGGAGGAAGGUGGCAUUGAUGAAGCUGUCAUUCUUGAUGAUACAAAGAUGGACACUGGAGAAGUUUCUGAUAUUGGGAGCCAAGGUGCCCCUAUAGUGCUAUCAGAUAGUGAAGAAGAAGAAAUGAUCAUUUUGGAGCCAGAGAAGAAUCCAAAGAAAAUAAGAGCUCAGACCAGUACAAACCAGAAGGCACCAAGUAAAAGUCAAGGGAGAAGGAAGAAAAAGAAGAGAACUGCUAAUUAGGCUACAGUGGUGGAUUUGUAUGUGUGUAUACUAUACAGCUACUAAGAGGAGGUCUGCUCAGUGCUAACAGCUCUGGAUGCUUUUUAUUAUAAGCUGAACUUGAUAAACUGUUUUUGUCUUUAACAUUAUACGUUGAAUAAACUUUCUGGAAAACUUUUUGCUGUACAAAAGCUUCCCAGCUCAUGUGAAACCUUAUUUGUAAAGGUUGAUAAACAUCUCUUUUUGUAAAAGUUGAUAAAUAAACUUCUGUAAACAUGA